GACGGCAAGUCAUCGGUUAUCGGUUCUUAACAUUUCGGCUUAACGUGCUUAAACACAUAUUAAAUUUAGACACCUCGCUAGCGACGGCGCCCGAAAUGACAACGCCCACGCGCGCCACCCUGGAGAAGGCCCUGAAGAGCGACCAAAAGCUCCUAAAGGCCGCCACCCAGAUUGCCACGGACCUGACCUCCAAGGCGUAUGACAUAUCCGCCUUAGCCGAGGAGCUGGGCUUUGCCCUUUCCUCCCCGGACAUGGAGGAACGGGUGGCCGGUACCAAUCUUUUGUCCGCCGUGCUGGUUGCACUGCCGACAGAUCUACUCCAGGAGCGCCAGCUAGAGUUCCUCAGCGCCUUCUACAUGGACAGGCUGCGCGACCACCACAAUGUUAUGCCAGCCAUCAUCGACGGCAUCGAUGCCCUGGUCCACAUGAAGGCUCUGCCACCAGCGCAGGUACCCAAGAUCCUGCAGUCUUUCUUCGAGCUUACGACCUGCCAGUCACAGACGCGGGGUGAUCGCACCAAGCUGUUUAACAUGUUCCAGUACCUGACGACCAACUUCAAAAAGGAGCUCCAGACGAUGGCCGGUGAUUUUCUCUACGGCCUGAUCAACUCCAUUGACGGCGAGCGUGAUCCCCGCAAUCUUGACAUUAUUUUCAGCUUCAUGCCUGAAUUUUUGUCUACGUAUCCACUACUGCAUUUGGCCGAAGAAAUGUUUGAGAUCUUCGCCUGUUACUUUCCGAUCGACUUCAAUCCCAGCAAACAGGAUCCAGCGGCUAUAACGCGCGAUGAAUUGGCUUCGAAGUUGACCAACUGCCUGGUAGCCAACAACGAGUUCGCGGAGGGCACAGUGGUGCUGGCCAUAGAGAAGCUGGAGAGCGAGUUGCUGGUAGCCAAACUGGACUCCAUAGAAUUGCUGCACCAAGCUGCCUUGAAGUUCCCGCCCUCCGUUUUGGAGCCACACUUCGAUCAGAUUUGGCAGGCUCUUAAGGCGGAGACCUUUCCCGGAAACGACAAUGAGGAAAUCCUAAAGGCUUCACUCAAGGCCUUGUCUGCGCUUCUGGAGAGAGCUUCCCGCGUUCCCGACAUAAGCCACAGCUACCAGAGCUCCAUUCUAGGAGUAAUCCUGCCACACCUCAGCGAUGUCAAUCAGCGCCUGUUCCAUCCUGCCACCGGUAUUGCCUUGGUUUGCGUGUCGGGAGACGCACCCUAUGCAGCGGACAAGAUCCUCAACAGUUUUCUGAUCAAGCUGCAAGCCACCGACAUUGGACCAGAUCAGCGGAUCAAGAUCUACCACAUAGUCAGCCAGGUUUACAAGCUGUCCGCUUUGCGUGAUUCCUUACAAAAACUGGACACCACGAUACGUGAGGCCUUGCAGGAUGAUGUGAUCGCCUCUUUGCGACUAAUCGAAAAGGAUGAUUUCGAUGCCAAGCAGGAAGAUCUCGAGCUGCAGAAGGCAGCGCUUUCCGUGCUCAACGAAAGUGCUCCGGUUCUAAGCGAGAAGCAGCGAGCUUUGGUGUACAAAGCGCUGGUUCAACUGAUUAGUCAUCCGUCCAUUGAUCUGGAAUUCACCACACUCACUGUCAGUUUGGGAGCUCUGCAGCCAGUGGAAAUGCAGUCAAACUUCAUCGACGUCUGCGUGCGCAACUUUGAAAUCUUCUCCAACUUUGUCAAGCGGAAGAUUUACACGAACCUGUUGCCCCUUAUGCCUCAAAUGGCGUUUACCCAACGCAUUUUGGACCUGAUUAUGACACAGUCAUUCAAGGACACAACGGAGGAACCUAUUCGAUUGCUGGCCCUUGAAGCGCUGAACAAACUGCUCCUCAUGGAGGACCAACGCUUCAUUGUGGACUUGCAGCAGGAGUCCAAUCUGCUGCACAAACUCAUCGAGUUGGGCCAGCACACGCAAGGUCUGUCACUGCAGUCGCUGGAACAGAUUGCGGGCGCCUUGAGUCGGAUCACCCAGCAACUGCCCCUCUCCGAACAGAGUGCGAUUGUGAGCGAGUACCUUCCCGGACUCAACCUAAGCCUUUCUGCCGAUCUGUACAUUACCAAGGGCCUGUUGGGGUACCUGGAUAAAGGCAUCACUUUGGACGACCACUUCGAGCGGCUGCUGAGCGAUUUAACCCAGCUCUCUCUCAGCUCGGACAACGAACAGCUGCGUGUGAUCGCUCACCACCUGCUCUGCAGUAUGGUCAACAAGAUGGAGAGCAACCCAGCCAACUUGGGCAAGGUCAAGAAGAUCACGGAGCAGCUAAAGGUGGCCAUCAAGAAGGGCGAUGUGCGUGCCGUGGAGAUCCUUGCCUGGGUGGCAAAGGGGCUGGUGGUCGCUGGGUUCGAUGAGGCUGCCGACAUUGUUGGCGAUCUCUCUGAUCUGCUCAAGCAUCCCACAUUAAGCACGGCCGCUGCUUUGGGAUUCGACAUCAUUGCUGCCGAGUACCCGGAACUGGAUUUGCCCGUGGUAAAGUUCCUGUACAAGCAGAAGCUCUUCCACACCAUCAUGGGCAAGAUGGGCAGCAAGCUGGCCAAUUACUGUGUGCACCACCUGAAGGCUUUCGUCUACGUACUGAAGGCCACGCCGCAGGCAGUGAUAAAGCUGAACAUCGAGCAGCUGGGUCCGCUGCUCUUCAAAAGCCUAGAAGAGCACAACGAGGCGCAGUCGUUGUGCAUUGCGCUAGGAAUUUGCGAAAAGUUUGUGGCUCAGCAGGACGCUUACUUCCAGGGACACUUGGCUCACCUCAUACCGAGUUGCCUGGAGCUAUCGAAAUACAAGGCACAGCACACAAUGCAAGUUCGCAUUGCUGCUCUGCAGUUGCUGUACGACAUUACCAAGUAUCCCACCUUCGUCCUGCUGCCCCACAAAGUGGAUGUUACACUGGCUCUGGCUGCGGCCUUGGAUGAUCCCAAGCGACUGGUGCGAAACACGGCGGUCAAGGCCAGGAACGCCUGGUACCUGGUUGGCGCACCCAGCGGGAAUUAGCCAAGAAACAAUACCAUUGUUGUUAACACUUUAAAGCCAAUAAGCAAACGCACAAAUUCUAGGACUUACAUUCAUA